UUUCACGGUACGAAGCGUGUCGGUGGUAGUGAUGGUGUUACACCCGCCAUUCGACGACGCUUCGAAACAACGCGCGCUACCAUUGUCAUUAUUAAAGGAUGAUUAAACUGAGUGCCUAAUUAAUGAUGAUCGUUGUAAUACUGCUCUUCUUCAUCUCAACCGCCAGCUCUGAAGAAGUUGGUACCGUUUGCAAUUCGUGUAUCAAAGUGAAUACAACUUGCUACAAUGUUACCUAUCUGUUUGACAUCGAAGCUCCAUUCAGGAACCGAAUUGUCAUCAACAAACUUGGUAUCCUCCGAUCAACGAACACCCUUUACUUCAGCUUCGAACCUAGAAUCGAAGACCAAGAAUAUAACAAGGUCGGAUUUAUUAAUUUGGAUAAUCCUGUUAAUAUAAGCGUCAUAUCAGGUGAAAAACAAAUUAUGAACUUUGGGACAUUUGAUUUAGAUCAAGAUAAUGGAUUGGUAUAUUUAGGAGGCAGCGACGGAAUCUACGUUUUGGAUACGAAAGUGAACAGAGUAGCACCGUACAGUUCUAGAGGUGAUUUAAUUGUAAGCUUAUUCUAUAAAAGUCACGUAUAUUUUAUAAGGUAUGGUGAAUUUAAGAUUAUUAAAAAGAAAGGAGAUAAUUUUGAUAUUAUAUUCGAAAUGAUGCAAGUUAAGAAUUUUGUUUCCAAUAAAUAUGACGUGUCGGUAUUGUUGUGUGGUUAUGGCCUGUUUGCGAGCAAGAAAGACGAAAUGGUAUGGCUCUCGAAAAAUUCAUAUUUUAGAGGAUUAACAAUUGAUUUAGAUAAUACAAUCUACGCUUGGUGGAUAGACGGUAUAUACAAAGUGAUAAUCGAACCGAAAUUAGCUGAUUCUAGAAUUGUAAGAGUAGCACACAUUCCUUCUAUUGGCGCACUGACGUUUGACAAUGAUAAUAAUUUUCUUUUUACAGUUGAAAAAAGUUUAUUUAGAUUAAUUGAAAUGGCUAACACAACAAUUUGUUGAUUUUUACUUAAUAACUAAUAAUUUUUAAUUAAUUUGGUUCUAGCUAAACAUUUACCUUCAACAACCUUCUUGUAUAUUUUGCGUCCGCAGAUUAAAAAAUAUAUAUGCAAUGAUAUUUUCUUAAUUUAAAAUGACUGAUUGACAUCACGCGCAGCCUAAACCGUGGUUCUAAAUUUAAAAAAUAUCUUAUACGAGUAAGAGGUUUAAAUGGGAGAUAACGUUCGCAUAUUUUCAAUGCUUAAAAUAUAGUUGGUUUCUAAUUAUUAAUGUUUCCGAUGUGAUAUCCCCUUGGGUACAUGGCUUGUAUUGAUUAAAUUUAUUUAUUUUUGUUCCUAUAAACCUUAUAAUAUAGCAUGCUAAUGGCGAGUUGACAUGUCUUACAUAUAUUAUGUACAAUUUAUGAAUAAUAAUCUUGUAGUUUUUAAAAUAAUUACACCUAAUGAAACUACUAAAACUGGUACGUAUAAGUUAGUACCAUUACAUAUAGCUUAUUAGAUCAAUAACAAAUAGCCGAUUUUACAAUAUAAUAUGGUCUUUAGAGUAAAUAAAAUUUGUCGAUUAGUGCUUAGAAUUAGUUUGAUUAAUUUUAAUAAAUUUAGUUUUUAAUAUAUAUUUACACUUAAUAAGCCAGCGUUUGACCGUUGACUUGCCUGAUGUUAAGCAUCGACACGGUCUUGGAUGUAGCACGCUUGCCUAGAAGAAACCUGUUUACUCUGGAUUUUAAUACAUUAUUUUUAAAUUUAGAUAGUGUUUUAUAUAAAAUUAUUUCUUCAAUUAAUCUUAAUAUAUUUGUAUAUAUAAAUACUGUAUAAUUAAUUAUAUCAAACUAUGGAAGAUGUCAGUGUAGAUCAACCACAUCAGAUAUUCUACCGCAAAAGUCUUGUGAAUUACCUGUAGUUAAGGAAGAACACACAAUGUUUAAAGCAGUAAAUCAGUAUUUCAGAAGGAAUAUUUGCUAUAAGUUUAAACAAAAGUUCGUCAGAAACAGCUCAGUUUAUUGUGGAUGUAAAAAGUAAGACCAAGAUUUCCUUUUAUUUUGAAUUGUUACUUCUUUUCCCUUAACUCAAGUAAGAUGUUUAAGGUACUGAUUUCUUUGUAAUUCUAUUUUGAAUAGCUUUUGAUUGAUAAGCAUGCUUACUGUUAUUUUUAUUCUUUAAUGUUAUUUUUAUGUGUUUUAAUGU